AUGGUUGGUAAACACAGAGCGGAAGAGUUCAGAGUUUUAGAAUUAGUUAAAAAAAGUGCGCAGAGAAGUGCUCGAAGGAAAGCUAAGAAAAUAGAACUUUUACCCCCACGUACAAAUGUAAUGCCUGUGGACCAGGAUUGGAGCAGUGUAUGGCCUGGACCACGAUCGUUCCAUCCAGCCUCUGUCCCUUUACCAUUACGUCAAGGAUAUAAUAAAAAAGGAGUUUCUCCAGGGAAAUAUGCAAAUGCAGAACUGAUGAAAAUUCCUAAUUUUUUGCAUUUAACACCACCUGCAAUUAAAAAACAUUGUGAAGCUCUCAAGAAGUUUUGUACACCAUGGCCAGAAGAACUAAAUGAUAAAAAUUGUGAGAAGCAUUUUCCUGUUGAAGUAAUAACAUCUGACUACUGUUUCUCAUCUCCUGAUAUUAGAGAGCCCAUGGCUAGAAUCGUAAUUCUUAAGGUGAAGUUAUCUGCAUUAACACUUGAUAAACAUGCAAAAGAUAAACUUUUGCGUUUGGUUGGAGAACGUUAUGAUCCUUCAACAGAUAUAUUGACCUUAACAACAGAUCGAUGUCCUUUGAAGAAACAAAAUUAUGAGUAUGCACUAUAUCUUUUAACAGCUUUAUAUCAUGAGUCUCAAAAAACUGAGCCCUGGGAAAGUGAGAAAACAGUAGCUGAUAUGGAGUAUUAUGACUGGGAACAAAAUGUUUCCUAUAAAAAUGUAUUGGGAACAUUGAAUUGGCCACAAUCUGUAAAGGAUACUGAAAAUUUUAAACUCACUCCAGAAAUGGAAGAAUAUAAGAAAGCAAUUAGUGAUUUAAUGAAUAAAGGAGAAGAUCUUUACACCAUCAGUAAAUACAAAGAGGCUACUAAAAAACUGUUGAAUCUACCUGAAUUCCUACCACUUGAAAACACGACAGCCUAAAUUACAUGAAAUUAACAUAGUUUGUUUUGUAGAUAAGUUGUUUAAUAUGGAUGCUAACAGAAAAAGAACAGAAGUAAUAAAAUUGUUGUCAUAUAUUUUUCUUUUGUUUUCUUCCUACCUCAAAUAUCCUUAUAAAGCAUUUCUUUUCCUUUAGUAAUAAUGAUUGAUGCAAAUGAGUGUAUGAAA